AUGGGUUCCAUCAAGCCAGUCUCCAGCAUCGCGAUGGCUCUUUCCGGCGACGCCAAGUCUAUUGAUAUCCAUCGCCAUGGCUCCAACCGCCAGCAUGAAGGCCUCGAUUUUGCCACGGCUCCCACUGGCGGACCUUCGAUGCUCCUCACUCCGCCCAACUCCAUCUCCCCUUCCCUGCCGCCGCAGGGCUUGAAACUGAGGAAGCAUACCGGCAAUGCCAGUCAAGAUGAGUCGGACAUCGAUCUUCAGGACGCCAUUGAUCAUGCAAAGAGUCAUUCUCAAUCCGCUCAUGGCUUUCAUGGGGUUGAUCGCUCUGACUCUCUCGCUGGACUUGAUACCGCGGGUACCAUCACCCCAAUCCUCCUUGCGAAGCAUCACUUGCCAGAAAUCCUGCUGUCCCACGGACCCUUGGCCAUUCGCCACAUUAUGGGGUACCUGACUACUUCCGUACCGGGAUUCUCGAGGAUCCCGCCUGCAAAGGCACGAAGACUGGUUGUGAGCGCGCUUGAAGGUCGUGGCAGUAACGGGGAAGGGGCAGGCAUCAACGGUGACGUUGAAUUCGAGAAAGUCGGCUGGGGAAGAUGGGAUGCAAAGCGUCGGAAUGGGCAGUCGCACGGCAGAAUUUCCUCACGGGAAAAGGGAAAUAUCUCUCCCCCCGCAAGCAUUACCUCGUCGUACAGCCCCACUUCAAGCGGUGGCCUGCAGAUCCCCGGGCCCCGCUAUGAUGCAAACCACAACCUUGUCAACAAUCGCAAAGACGCGUAUGGGAGUAGCCAACGGAGCUGGACGGCCUAUUCUGCUGCAUUUUCGCACGAUGAAGAUGCUGAUAGCGAGUUUCAGGAGGACAUGACCAUGCUCGAAAACGAGGCUGAGAAGAUGUCGCUUGAUGGUGGCGAUGAUUCAUGCUCGUGCUCGUCCUCUGAAGCGCCGGAAGACGAUGGGCCCUUGAUGGAUGAUGAUCUUGGGGAUGAUGCCACUGAUGACGAGGACUGGGCAAAGAUCGGCGCCGCUGCCCUUCGCCAAGGCUCGACUCCAUUAUCUGGAACCGGGAGUAUCAUGUCUAGUGCGCGCAACUGUCUCAUGCCCCGCAUGCAUUCAUAUGCCGGACCCGGAAUUGCCAUGGCUGGAAAAAACAAUGGCCCAUUUGUUCGAGCUGCUCAAGGGGGCGGCAUGCGUUCAAACAGCGAUUUUCCCAUCAAUCGGCUGGCUCAGCAUCCUUUAACCGAACAACAAGAUGUGGAUAUGUUCGACUCCGACAAGCAAGAGCGUGAAGCCAUUGAAGCUUUGGUUCGGCUCAGCUCAGUAUAA